GGAGCUGGCAGCAUUUAACUGUGGCUUGGGACGCGACGAGAGGGCGACCGCCGGGAGGCCGGCGAUGGUCUAAGCGCCCCUCGGCCUGCCCUCUCCUGAGAUUCUGCGGGACCCUCCCCUGGCCUCCGGACACACACACGCCCCUCGUCCUCCGCCUCCCCCGCGCUCCUGUCUGCUCCAGCGCCCAGCGGCCCGGGCCAGCCCCGGGGAGGCGCGGCGCCCGCCAGGAUGAGUGGCUCCUUCGAUCGCAAACUCAGCAGCAUCCUCACCGAUAUCUCCAGCUCGCUUAGCUGCCAUGCGGGCUCCAAGGACUCGCCCACCCUGCCUGAGUCUUCCGUCACUGACCUGGGCUACUACAGUGCUCCCCAGCAUGACUACUACUCGGGCCAGCCCUACGGCCAGACCGUGAACCCCUACACCUACCACCACCAGUUCAAUCUCAACGGGCUUGCAGGCACAGGCGCUUACUCGCCCAAGUCGGAAUAUACCUACGGAGCCUCCUACCGGCAAUACGGGGCGUACCGGGAGCAGCCGCUGCCCCCCCAGGACCCAGUGUCCGUGAAGGAGGAGCCCGAAACCGAGGUGCGCAUGGUGAACGGGAAGCCCAAGAAGGUCCGAAAGCCGCGCACGAUCUACUCCAGCUACCAGCUGGCCGCCCUGCAGCGCCGCUUCCAGAAGGCCCAGUACCUAGCACUGCCCGAGCGCGCCGAGCUGGCCGCGCAGCUGGGCCUCACGCAGACACAGGUGAAAAUCUGGUUCCAGAACCGCCGCUCCAAGUUCAAGAAGCUCUACAAGAAUGGGGAGGUACCGCUGGAGCAUAGCCCCAACAACAGUGAUUCCAUGGCCUGCAACUCACCACCAUCACCCGCCCUCUGGGACACCUCCUCCCAUUCCACUCCGGCCCCUGCCCGCAGUCAGCUGCCUCCUCCGCUCCCGUACAGUGCCUCUCCCAGCUACCUGGACGACCCCUCCAACUCCUGGUACCAUGCACAGAACCUGAGUGGACCCCACUUGCAGCAGCAGCCGCCACAGCCGGCCACCCUGCACCAUGCCUCCCCUGGGCCCCCGCCCAACCCUGGGGCUGUGUACUGAGCACCCACCUGGCCUGAACCUCCCACGAAGGACCCCCCCGGGGACCAGGCAGAAGGCGCCUCUGUUCCUAGCCAACACUCAGGAAUCAUCAAGGAGUGUAGGGGAAGGGCACCUCUCCCCUUACCUUGCUCCUUUCUCCAGGGACUCAGGAGCUUCCAGAUGAAAUUUGCAUGGACCAAGAAUGUCCCCUGAACCUCCCUCCUCCUGCCUAGACACAGGGGGACCCCUCCAGAUGCUGGGGUACUCCACUCCAGCUGGGACAGGUUGUCCUCUUCUACUCUAGGAGCCUGGAUUGGCUUUAAAUAGCCCAUCACCUUCCAGUUUCUAAACCUUAGUACUCAGUCCCCAGACUGGAGACCAUGGGGACUGGGGAGACUGGGCAUUUACAGAUCAGCCUGGGCCAAGUCCCAGGUGCCAUGGAACCCGCGACCUGCCAGGCCUGGUUCCUCCUAAACCAUCUGUGGCUCCCCAUUUUCUGAGCAUCCCCCUGCCAAAAAGACAUUGGACAUGGUGACUGGGACUCAGGGUGGGGACCUCAACCAGCCCCCACCCGCACUUCUAGCCCUCAUUUAAGAUUUGAGGGUUAAACCAAAGAAAACCCCCCAAGUGAGAGAAUCUUUUAAUAUUUGUGGCUUUAGAGGGAAGAACUCAAGGAGCCAUCUCCCUCCUCUCUCCUGCGCUGGUUGGAGAGGAGGGAUGGGGCUCACAUGUCUUUCCUAAGGACUUAUUUCUUCUUCCAUGUAUAGGACUUUGCACAACUUUGGUUUUAAAAGCUGUUGAAAAAUAGGAAAACAAAGGGCAUUGUUAACAGAUAGGACCAAUCUCCCCUUUGAGGGCACCGCUGCUCUGCCCCACUCCCACCCACCUCUUCCUCUCCUCCAGUAAGUUGGCAAUUUGGGCGCCAAACCCCAAAUCUCCAAGGAGACAUACCAGGCAAGACAAACCCCAAAUGUCCCCUUUCCGGUGACCUUGGAAACAGAUUGCUCCCACCCAGAUGGAGAAUGUUGGUAGGAGUGAGGUACUCUGGGAGAGGGGAGGAUUAUAGCUUGGUGCCUUAGGGAUGAGGGGGUGGCUUUCUGGAGGGCUGGUGGCACAGCCCCUCCCUGGCCCAGACAUCCCCCCAGAGCUAACUUUCCUCCACGCUGAUGUGGUCAAACAUCGAAGAAAAGGGGAGGUAGUGGCUGUCGCUAUAUAUAUAGCGUGUGUGUUUUUUUAAAGCAACAGAGAGAAGCAGCCUCCUCCCCACUGUGGCCCCCUGUUUAUGUGGCCCUCUGUCCCAGGCACACCUGUCCUGUGUUACUGCCGGGACCAAGGGGGAUGUGGCCUGGCUCGAUGUGGGUUUGGUGGCAUUGUAGGAGCAAGACAGACGUGGUGGAUCUCGAGGAGUCCUACCCCAGGGAGAUGGAACAAAGCCAGCUCUCACUCCCUCUCAGCCUUCUCAUUUCUGCUUUCCUACUGGACCCAUCUUUAUAUAUAAUGUUAAUAAACAAGAAAAUAAC